AUGGACGAUACAAAGCUGGUUGAAUGUCUUGAAUACCAGAAGAGUAUAGGCAACCAGUCUGAUAGUGGUUUCAAAUCAAUCACUUGGACGUAUGCUGCUUCUGAGCUUAACAAAGUUGUUGUUGAGGGUGGGGAGAAGACGGCUAGUGGUGUUAAGGAUCAUUGGCAGCAAGUAUUGAAGUCAGGAUAUGUUGCAAUUGAUUGGCUUCUUCACAAAGCCUCUGGUUUUGGGUGGGAUUCUACUCGUCAUCUCGUUACUGCAGAUGAUGAUGUAUGGACCCGACUUAUAGAGGCUCAUCCAAAGUAUGGAAUAUGGCAGACACGGCCAUUUCCACUCUUCAAUUCUAUUGCUGAACUUAUUGGUGGAAGGACUGCCAAUGGUAGGGACUCACUUGAUAUAACAGAGGAGAAUGAUUCUGAGACAGGAGAGACAGUUUUGGAUGGUAAGCUGGUCAAUUUACUUCUAUUCUACAUAUACUGA